AUCGCUUACACUCUAACUUGUACAUCCCUCCUUCACUUCUUACUGUCAUCAUGUCGGACCUAGACGAACACGAACACAUGCACAACGACGCUGAUGAUAUGAUGCAGGACGAAGAGGAAGAAGAAGCUCAAAGUGAAACCGAUCACGGCCAACCUCGACGGCGUCAUUACGAUGAAGACGAGGAGGACGAGGAGGACGAGGAGGACGACGAAGAGGAAGUAUCAGGUAGAAAGCCGAAGAAACGCAAGAGGAAACAGGGCGCAAGCCGUUUCAUUGAUCUCGAAGCUGAAGUCAGUGACGAGGAUGAAGGUGAAGAAGACGAUGAAGACUAUGGCGGUGAUGGUUUCAUUGAACAUAUGGACGGCGGCAUCGACGAGGAUGUGGGUAGGGCACAUCAUGCCCGACUUGACAGUAAAACUUUCGACGGGGAAGAUAGAACUGCUGAAGAAAUUGCCACGGAUCUGAAGCAUCGCUACGGUGGCCGAAAUGCGGUUCGCUACAGUGGUGACAUGAAUGAGGUUCCUCAACGGCUUCUCAUGCCUUCCGUGCACGAUGCUAGUCUAUGGCAGGUUAAGGUCAAGCCCGGUCGUGAACGCGACAUCGUGUUCACUCUCAUGCGAAAGUUUAUCGACAUGGAAUUCACCGCACGACCGUUGCAAAUCCUGUCAGCCUUCGAACGUGACACCCUACCUGGGAUGAUAUACGUUGAAGCUCGGAGCUCCAAGCAGGUGAAAGAUGCAUGUAAGGGCCUUAGCGGCGCCUAUACCGUCAAAGUGAACCUUGUUCCCAUCGAAGAAAUGGCCUCCUUAUUGCAAAUCCGGAAAAAAGAGCUCACAGUGACACCGGGCAGCUGGGUUCGUAUCAAGCGAGGAAAAUAUCUGGGAGAUCUCGCCCAGGUCGUGGACGUAACGGAAAAUGGAGAGGAUGUUGGCCUGAAGUUCAUUCCUCGUAUUGACCUGAACCCACGAGAUGAUGGUUCGCUAGAUGCUCUUGGAAAAAAACGGAAGAAAGGCUCUACCGCGGCUGGAACCAUGCGCCCUCCCCAGAAGCCGUUCAACUUCGAGGAAGUGGUAAAAGUUUACGGACGACAAGCGGUGGCCAAGCGAAAUCAGGUCUACGUGUUCCAGGGUGAUACGUACAAGGAUGGUUUCAUCGAGAAGGACUUCAAGCUGAACGCUUUAUCUCUGGACGAUGUCAACCCAACUUUGGACGAGAUUACCCAGUUCUCGCGUAGACAGGACGGUCUGGGUGGUGAAAACCCGGUCGACUUGUCUAUCAUCGCGGAGGCCUCCCGGAAAGCAGCUGUCUCUGUGCUACAGCCUGGUGAUCAUGUUGAGGUAUUUGAGGGUGAGCAAGCCGGUGUGCACGGUACUGUUGAAGAGGUGUCAGGCGAUGUCGUGACUAUCACUGCCGCUGGUCUUGAUAUCGAAGGCCAAAAAGUCGACAUUCCUGCUAGGAGCGUCAGGAAACGCUUCAAACCUGGAGACCACGUCAAGGUGAUGACCGGAAAGAAUGCUGAUGAGACUGGAUUGGUGGUGGCCGUUGCAGACAAUAUCGUCACCUUUUUGUCUGACAUGUCCAUGAAAGAGGUUUCUGUAUUCUCAAAAGACCUCCGUGAAGCUGCAGAAGUUGGUUCUGGUACCAACAUUGUGGGAGAUUACGAGCUGCAUGAUCUUGUUCAGCUUGACCUUCAAACUGUAGGCGUUAUAUUUAAGACUGAAAGAGACUCGUUUCGGGUCCUGGAUCAAAAUGGCCAAGUUCGAAUUGUCCAGCCUCGUCAGAUUACAAUGAGACGAGAUUCUCGGCGUGCAAUUGCCACAGAUCACGAUGGCCAUGAACUGCGCGUAGAGGACAACGUCAAAGAAGUAGAUGGCGAGGGUCGCAAAGGACAAGUUCUACACAUUCAUCAAUCAUUCUUUGCCUUCCUCUACAAUCGUGAAAUAUCCGAGAAUGGAGGGAUAUUUGUCACACGCGCUAGAUCAUUGGUGUCAUUGGCACCAAAAUCCAGUGUCUUUCCCAAGCCAGGGGCAGAUUUAUCUAAGAUGAACCCUGCUCUUGCCCUCCACCCAGGUGGAAUGGCCGGUUCCAGCAUUGGGCGGGGGCCCCGGGACCGUAUGAUUGGAAUUAUCGUGCAGAUCACUCGAGGUCCUCAUAAGGGGUACGUUGGAACCAUUAAAGAUACCAACGGUCCAAUCGCUCGAGUUGAGCUGAAUACCAACAACAAAGUUGUGACGAUCGAGAAGACGAAACUUAUAGAACGCAAUACCCCAGGAUCCAACCGUCAAUUCGCAGACCGACUUAAAGCUAUGGGCCCACCAGGCGAACCAGGUAAGCCAUGGGGAACCCGAUCAGUAAAUCCGUACGCAUCGGGAGGAAGUACGCCUACUUGGGGUGCUGGUAGUCGGACACCUGCGUGGGCUGGAGGCGGUCGUACUCCCAAUCCUUCAUCGGAUUCUCGUACGCCAGCUUGGAAUGCAUCCUCACGGACGCCUAACCCAUAUGCUAACAAUGCACAAACUCCGGCAUGGAAUGUAUCCUCGCGGACUCCAAACCCAUAUGCCGAUGGAGGCAAGACACCGGCGUGGAAUGUCAGUUCACGGACGCCAAAUCCGUAUGCCAGCAACAAUGGUGGUGCUACACCUGCAAGGAAUGCUUGGGGGGGAGCAACCCCUGGCAGGAAUGCCUGGGAUACGAGUACUGGAUGGGGCGAUGGUUGGAAUGCCGCGCCCACACCGGCUGCAGCAACGUCACCUGCGUACGCUGCACCGACACCCGGACCUGGGACCUACGAUGCUGCUACGCCGUUUAGCUACGGGGCGGGCGCUAUGUCAGCACAGACACCCGUAUCAGCUCCGACGCCUGCUGCCGGAGGAUGGCGUGAGGAAGAAUCAGAAGGUCUUUCUGAGGAAUGGCUCCUUGACAACGCCUUGAGCAAUGUCUUGCAGCGCAUCAAGAUACGUAUUGAAGGGUCUCGCAACUACAAUUACCUGGAUGGAAAGUAUGAAGGGCUCACCGGUCGGGUGAUGGCCGCGACACGGGUGGGAACAAACAUGGAACAGACAGCAACGAUUGCCUUCGAUAAUGGAGAACAGCGGCCAAUACUGAUGAAAUAUGUUGUUCCUAUGCAGCCUAGUGGGCUAGAUGGAGAGAAUGGGGUUCUACUGGAUGGCCCGUAUAAAGGUCGGGAGGCACGGGUGAGGUCAUUGAGUGAAGAUGGCAUGUUAACUUGUCACGGGGAUUUUGGAUUUGCAGAGAUUCCACAAGAUAAGUUUGCCAUCUUGACAGUUGCUCCUGCAUAGUUACUAUUAUCGUUCUAAUCUGUACCUUUUUACUUAAGUAUAUAUCAUGUAAUGGAUGGCUUGGUUCAACCAGCAGGAGAUUCCUGGCGCUGGCUCCGAGCAGAAUGAUAGACCCCGU